UUGCAAGAUGUAAGAAUUUGAGAACUUGUUCUCUCUUGUCUAACCACGUUUAACAUAAAGGAAGGAAGAAAGAAAUGUUGCGUUGCAUUGCUCUCAUUUAUUUCUAUGUAUUGUACAUAGAAAUCGUCCUUCUUUUGAAAAUAGACAAGAGGCUCACGAGCCCUACUUGUAGUGUACAGUGUAUUUAUAGCGUAAAUCAGUGUGUAAAUUUUACAUUUCCGUACAUAUGAAAUUUUGUUUAAAUAUUUAUUUCAUUUACAUAUUUGUAUUUGUACGACAACUACUUCCAAUGUUUUUAAAACAGUAUAUGUGUUAUGAGCUUGAAAUCGAAUCGAAUUAUAGAUUAGGUUUUAUAGGUAACGUUUGACAGAUACUGUUGCUGAACUUUAAGAAGAAAUUUUUUUUCAAAAUACUUACUACUAAUAAUUUUUACUGAAAUGGAAACUAAACCAAAAAAUGAACACUUACUAGCAUUGAAAGUAAUGAGGUUAACCCGACCUACUCUUGCAAGUCCAAUUGUUGUAACUUGCGAUUCAACGGAUCUUCCUGGUAAUACAUUAAAUAAUGAACUUAAAAAUGAUUGUACUGCUUUGCAAGGAAUGGAAACUCUUACUGUAGGACAAUUUAUGGUGUUACCACAAAGUUUUGGGAAUAUUUAUUUAGGUGAAAUGUUUUCAAGCUAUCUGUGUGUACAUAAUGGUAGUAGCCAAUUAGUAGAAGAUGUUACUGUUAAAGUAGAUUUACAAACAAGUACUCAAAUUAUUCCUCUUUCUGGUAAUAGUGGGGAAAUGAAAGAUUUACCACCUGGUGGUACAGUCGAUGAAGUAAUACACCAUGAAGUGAAAGAAAUAGGAACACAUAUACUAGUAUGUGAAGUAACUUACACACCUAUGAAUUUAGGUGCUACUCCACAGUCAUUUAAAAAAUUUUAUAAACUUCAAGUAGUGAAACCAUUAGAUGUAAAAACAAAGUUUUAUAACGCAGAGUCAGAUGAAGUAUAUCUUGAAGCACAAAUACAGAAUCUCACAGCAGGUCCAAUAUGUUUAGAAAAAGUUUCUCUUGAAUCAUCUCACUUAUUUAGUGUGUCAACUCUAAAUACAAAUGGGAAGGGAGAAUCUAUCUAUGGAUCAGUUAAUGUAUUAGAUACUGAUUGCAGUAGGCAGUACUUGUAUUGUUUAAAACCACAAUUAACUUUGUUAAAAGAUCCCAAAAUGAUGCACAAUGCAACAAAUAUUGGAAAAUUAGAUAUUGUUUGGAGAAGUAAUUUAGGAGAAAGAGGAAGGCUACAAACAAGUCAGUUACAAAGGAUGGCACCUGAAUAUGGUGAUCUGCGAGUUACUAUUAAAGACAUUUCUUUAAAGGUUUACCUUGAACAAUCACUUACAUUCAAUUGUCGUAUAAUGAAUACAUCCGAAAGAAGUAUGGAUUUGAUGCUUUGUUUGGAAUCUAGUAACUCUAUUGCAUGGUGUGGUAUAUCUACUACAAAAAUUGGAACACUAAAGCCUGGUGUGUCAAUUGAUAUUCCUUUAUGUCUAAUUGCAUUACAUAGUGGUAUUAUAACUAUCUCAGGAUUAAAGUUGGAGGAUAUAUUUUUGAAAAGGACAUAUGACUAUGAUGAUUUGGCACAAAUAUUUGUGAGUCAAAACAACUGAUCAAAAUUUCAAUAAAUUAUUCAAAUAAUAUGA